AUGUCAGUAGAGUUUCUCCAUCGGCUUGGUGGAGUGAAAGUCGAGAUUCCAAAAGACUGGCUAGCUGUAUGGAAAAGAGAAACAUACACGAAUGAAAAACGAUCAAAAGUGAAAAAAUUAGAAUUGUAAGUGUUCUCUUGUAUUUCUCAAAAUUGCUUAGCACUCUUAUUGCUGUUUAUGAGCUGUUUUAGAGUUAUUUACUGGCAUAUAUUUUUGUAAGAGAUUAAGAACUUUAUGGCUUAGUUUACGGUUACUUCAAUAUACUCUCAUGUCUAUCAGUUCGGCUAUUCCUAUCAUGUUGAAACAAAAGUACAAAACAGUUCACGAACAUCUAUGUACUAGAUAAAACAUGAGCAGCCGAUCUGUAUCUGAUAUACAAACUCGAGCCGAAGGCGAGAGUUUGCAUGUAUAUCAGAUACAGAUCGCCAGAUCGGAUGCGAAUGUUUUAUCGUGCUUAUAAAACGACCCAUCUUAUGAGUUCAUUGGCGAAGUAAUUUUAAAAAUAAACAUUGUCUAAGCCGAGUUUUAAAAUCAAAACUGAAGUUUAUCAGGUAAAUCAGGACAAAUCUUCAUGCGAUUUACAAACAUAUAAUCUUAUAUAUCGAAGAUCAAUUCCGUUUACGUAUCUAUUCCUAUCAGUUGAACUUGGUCGUACCACAUUGGGUGUGCGUAAAUUUUGAACGCGAAUGUCUCAAAUUUAGAAUAUAGCAUGCUUUUACAACACUAAGCUGUAGAAUAUUAGAGUAUGUUUAACGUAUUUUUGUGCUGUAUGAUUCCAGAUUUUCAGUUGUUUGCAAUUUAGGCGACUCCGGUGGACUAGACAGUCAUUUCCAUGCCUAAAUUUCUACGCAUUUUCAUAUUUUCUGGUGACGGAACAAACUAGCAUCUUUUUAUAAACCAGGGCCCUGCUUAUACUUAAAAACGUACACCCGUGCUUGCUUUCAUUUCUGUAAUAAGCAAUGAACUAAUUGAGUGAUUAGAACUUUGCUUCAGUCACAUGUGAGAAAAUUAGUUCCUGUUGACUCGACAAAGCACCGCGAGUUAUCUCUGGCAAGUCAAAUAAUUCCUUUUUGUUUUAAAAUAGUGAAUCUCUUAGAAUGAAAACACAAGAAAGUCAAAGGUGUGUACUGCGCAUGGCUCACAACCAUAACCCCGACGACGUUGCCGGAGACGUCGCUAUGGUGAAGACAGAAUUACGUAAAACUAUUCAAUCAAGGCGCGAAGCAAAAGGACUAGGUUCUGUUGAACUACCUGAUGAAGAGGAAACGAAAAGUACUGAGGUAUUUUCAAAUGUGAGCAUCUGUGUAGAUGGUAUUCUAAGUCUUCUAAAAUUAUGGUAGUUAGCUCUAUAGAAGUGCUGAAACUGACUGGAACACUAGAUAAUUUAACUACAUCUCUUAUUGGUGCUUUGCAAUCAAUCCUUUGAGAUUAUGAGUCAAAGACAUGGCGGCCAUUUUGGAGGAAAACACGCUCCAAAUACAAUCGCUGCUAAUUAUGAUAUUUUUUAGCUUUCUUACAACAUUGGGAGACGUAACCUCUUAAUGUUAUUGCAUCUAUGACAUGAAAUAUACAAAAUCUGUGGCUUUAAGAUUGUCGUAAAACGUGUCUAACACGCCCCAGCUCAUGUUGAAGCCAAGUCGCAAUCUCGAAACCAGAGCCUGCAAUCCUAAGCAAGCCUCCACAGAGGAUUGCAGGCUCGGGUUCGAGAUUGGCCAAGUCGACGAACGAUUUCUCGAUAUGGUGUUUUUCUGGUAGUUCCCAGUUAUGACGCAAACCACAAAAGCUUUAAUGACUUUAAUGCUGCACUUUUCUCUGUGACUGUGUGCUACAGGACUUGUGUUAGUACUGUGAAACUUUUAAUGCUUUAUUUAAUAGUUAUCGGCUGAAGAGAUAGAGAAGAUAAACACACGAAGAGAACGCAAUCGAUUGUCUGCGCAAAAAUGUCGAAAAAGACGGCGUGAACAGCUGGUCCAUCUUAGCCAGGUAUUGGCUCUGUGUUUAAUUAAACCCUCAAAAUUAUUUUAUGGAUAUUGAAUAUGAUUUCUAGCCAUCUAAUUGUUGAUCUGUAAAAUUAAUCUACGCUUUUACGAAUUUACGUAUAGGAAGCUGAAACAAUUGAAGAAGCGAACAGUUUGCUGGAAAGUGAAAUCGAAUUUCUUAAAGUCGAAAGAGAACAACUUUCGCGCAUGCUCCGUGAACACUGUUGCAGCAUGACGCGUGAAACUUCACGUUGUCAAAAUCAAAGAAGUGGAGUUAACGUUUCGUAGACACUUCAUUUUUUAGUUCAAAGCUUUUAACCACUACGGGAGCUGAACGGGACAUUGAAGGUUUCAUCAGGGUUUCAUCUAAUCACGUGUAACUAGGCUUACGAUGAUUGGCUGAGCUAGAUUAAACUUUUUAAUGCUCUUCAUAAACAAUGUUGCGA